UUUUAUAAAUUAUAUUGAACUAUAGUAUUGAACAUUUUAAUAAAUAUAUUAACGUAAUCACUAUAAAAAAUGCGUCAGUGUUAAUUUUUAGAAAUAUAGUUAUUGAGUGGGUGUAAAACGAAUACGCCUAUCGUCAUAAAUAAUGAGAAUAAAAUGGAGUAACAUUUGGCAAUAUAUUUAUAUGCAUUUCUAAAUUCAACUACAUUUUGAUUAUACAUAAUGUAAAAUUUUUUAUAUAAAUAUUUUUAUACAUUUUGGAUUAUCUUUUUACAUAUGUUGAUUUUGUUAAAGAUUUAUGAAAAUUAACAUAUUUGUAAAAAACAAUUAAAUAGUUGUAAUUUAUUAUAAAUUGUUAUUAUAUUUUAUUCUAUAUACAAUGUAUUUUGAUCAUAGAAAAGAUUUAAAAGAUUAAUAUUAUAUUUUUUAAAAAUGCAUUUUUCUAUACCAGAUACACAAGAAUUUAUUGAUGCAGCUGGUAAUACAUAUGUUGGUUAUAACAUUCAUAUAAAUGGAUUAUUUCACUGUACUGUAAGAUAUAAACAAUUAUAUAGUCUUCAUGAACAAUUAACAAAAGAUUUGGAUAUAUCUCUUCCAUUAUUUCCACCUAAAAAAUUUUUUCCUUUAACAACAAAUCAACAAGAAGAACGUCGUCUUUCUUUGGAAAAGUAUAUUCAAACAAUUGGACAAAAUCCAAUUGUUAACAAUUCAGGAAUGUUAAAUGGAUUUUUAUUAAAUGCUCAACAAGAAACCAUAGGAGGACCAUCUAACAAUGAAGUUAUGGACAUUUUUCUUAUGAAUGGUUGCAAAAGAACAAUAAAUGUUUCUACAAGGGAUCAUUCAGGUGAAGUUUUAAAGAAAGUAUACAAGCAACUUAAGCUAUCUGAACAAUAUUAUUCUUAUUUUGUAUUAUUUAUUGUUGCUCAAGAUGAAGCAAAUAGCAUUCAUUUAUUACGAAAACUACAAGAUUUUGAAUCUCCUUUUAUAACAAUUAAACAUCUACAUAUUAUAGGAAGUAGAAUUGUACUUGGAAAAAAUUAUUGGGAUAUAGGAUAUGAUCUUAAAUUAAUGAAUGAUGAAGUGGCAACAAAUUUAUUAUAUAUUCAAGCAAUUGCAGAAAUUCAAUGGGGAUGGAUUCAUAUUACAGAUGAACUAAAAAGUCAACUCAAUAUUUUACAAAAACAAGGAAAAGAAAAAGAAUAUUUAGAUAUAGUGCGUAGUUCAAAAUAUUAUGGAUAUAUUCAAUUUGCUCCAUGUUUUUGUGAUUAUCCACAACCAAAUUCAAGAGUAUUAAUUGCUAUAGGUAGAAAUGAAUUAAAUUUGCGUAUAUUAUUUAAUGAAGAGCAACACGAAAAAGUAUUUAAAGUCUCACGAAUGCGUUGUUGGCGAAUAACAACAUUACAAAAUGGAUCUGAAAGAGGAGGUGAAGAAAGUGAUGAUUUUAAUUUAGAGUUAUCUUUUGAAUAUUUAAUUGCUAAAAAUCAAUUACAGUGGAUUACAGUUAUAUCGGAACAAGCUAUUUUAAUGUCUGUAUGUUUGCAAGCUAUGAUUGAUGAAUUAUUAUCAAAGACUAUUGAUAGUAGUAAUAAGAUUCAGGAGGUAUCACAAAAAUCUUGGAUAUAUGUUAUGAGAGAUGGACAAAGUAUUACAGUAGGAUCAAGUUCUAAAGAAUCUGAAGAUAGUAAGAAGAAUUAUUAUUUUAAACAACCUUCUAAAUCAGAACCAAUUAUGAAGAAACUUGCAGAUAGACUAUCAAUAGUAAAAAUAAAACGAUCUAAUGAUGUAAGAAAUAAUAUAAGUGAUAAGGUUCAAGGAAAACAAACAUUGGAAUAUGAUAUUAAGGAAAAUAAUGCAUUUCGCAUGAUCGGUGAUGAUGAUUUAUGAAUAUAUAAAUUGGAAUUAUGAGAUAAAAAAUAUAUCGUAAAUACCUCAAACUUUUUAAAUUGUAUUAACUUGUAUUUUUGCUACUUUUAUUUUUUAUGCUUAAAUGAUGUAAAAUAUAAAACUUUUAUGUCAACGGAUCUAUAACAAUUUUUUUGUAUAAUAUAUAAAUAUAUUAUUGAUAAUAAGAGCAUUUGUAAAAUUAAUGCAAAUAUUUAAUGAAAUAAAUAAACAAAACUAAAGUAAAUUAUAGUAUAUGUAAUACUUUAUUAUUAUUCAAAUCAAAUACGUAAAAGGCAGUGUCUUAUAUUAACAAUUGUAUUUCAUUUUGUUUCAUUUUAAAUGAAAAUUAAAAUAUAUUUUAUUUUAAUACUAAACAGAAAUAAUUCAUACGUUAAACUAUGUAAUGAGAUUAUAAUUCUAACUAGAUAGGUAAUUUUUUGUUUGAAAGACAAUUUUCUGCCUUCAGUCUGUAUAUUUUGCCCAAACAUAUAGAGAAUGAUACAAUUUAUAAGAAAAAUGUAAAAUUAAAAUGAUUUCCUAAACAAAUAAUUAUAAACUGUAGUAUAAAACAACAGCAUUUUUCUAACGCGAAAAAUAAACAGAUUCGCUAUUGUCAUAUGAAAUAGACUUCUACAUGUAUACAUUAUAUUCAUAAAUAUUAUAGAUCUCUAUUUCAUAGACUAUGUAAAUUUUUAUAGAAAAAAAUUUUUAUCAUGUUUUUUCAAUGUUGAAUAAUAGAUAAAUAUAUGGAAAUGCAUAACUAUUUUUUUACAAUAUUAUUUCCACAUGAUUUUUUUCUUUUUGUAUUUUAAUAAUACAUGUGGAAAAUAAACGUAGAAAAUUUGUUACUACAAACAUAUUUAUGUUCUAUCAAAAUGUAAUUUUACACAAAUAAAAUUUAUUUGUUUUUGUUAGAUUAUUGCAACAUGUUUAUAUAUUGUAUGUUGCAAUGAACGAUGUGUUUUUUUUUUUUAAAGAAGUAAGAUUUUUUUAAAGAAUAUAACUUAUCUGCUUUUCUUAUUAAUGAUGAAACUCAAUACUAUUGUUUUAAUAAUCUUGUAUAUGUCAUGGUAGGGCCAUAUAAAGACUAGAUUUAAUAAUAUUUGAAUCUUUUUCGACCAUAAUGUGCAUAUCUUCUAUAUCAAAAA